GGAAAUGCGUUAGUGCUUGUUGUUUACCGGCAUGUCCCAAGUCGAAAGGGCUCUGGAUGUUCUGCUCCAGGAAGCAGAGGAGCUGUGCAUCGGGAGCAGCGUAGUGGAGCUGGACAGGAUUCCGACUGCCCUGGAGUUUUGUCGCGACUUCUACUCCAAAAACCAGCCGGUGGUCAUACGCAAGGCACUCGAUUGGCCCGCAAUUGGGAAAUGGACGCCCGAGUCCCUGAUUGAGGCUCUCGGGGACAGGAGCGUGGAUGUGGCAAUCACGCCGAACGGCUACGCCGAUGGCUUGGCCUCUCAAAAGGGACAGGAGUUCUUUGUUCUGCCGCUGGAGACGAAAAUGAAGCUGUCAGAGCUGGUCCGUCGCCUGGAUGAUCCCGCAGGUGCUGUCCACUACAUACAGAAGCAGAACUCCAACCUCAGUGUGGACCUACCGGAACUGGCUGCUGAUCUGCGGGUCACUGAUCUCGACUUUGCCCAGCAGUCCUUUAACAAACCGCCCGAUGCCGUCAACUUUUGGCUGGGCGACGAGCGCGCUGUGACCUCCAUGCACAAGGAUCCCUACGAGAACCUGUACUGCGUGAUAUCCGGUUACAAGGACUUCGUCCUCAUCCCGCCGCACCAGCUUAGCUGUGUGCCCCGAGGAAUUUACCCUACAGGCGUUUACAAGACCUCAGAGAGUGGUCAGUUCUACAUUGAACCCUUGAGGGAUGAGGACGGCAACGAUCAGUUCACGGAAUGGGUCAGCAUUGAUCCCCUGGCACCCGACCUGGCCAAAUAUCCGGAGUACGCCCGUGCCAAGCCCCUGAAAGUACGCGUUCACGCCGGAGACAUCCUGUACCUGCCCAACUACUGGUUUCACCAUGUGUCCCAAAGCCACAAGUGCAUCGCGGUAAAUUUCUGGUACGACCUGGACUACGAUAGCCGCUACUGCUACUACCGAAUGCUGGAGCAGAUGACUUCCGCAAGGAAGGAUUAGUAAAAUCCCAAAAAGAAUGUCUUCUCAGGAAUUAAUAAGUAAAUUCAAACUGUUCUUGUUUUCAGUGUAUUUAUAUAUAUUAUUGUUACAUAAUUUAAAGUUAAAUAAAAAACUGAUAGCCAAAA